ACGAGCUUCCAACGCCGCCUCCGUGGCGCCGCCGGCCAUGGCGGUGGCCAUCCCGCCUCCGCCGAAGCCCGCCGCGAACCCUCUGCAGCCUCCCCCGCUCCCCCCGGGCGUCUACUUCUCCCCGACGCGUGACGAGAGCGUGGGCAUCCUCAACCGCUGGAUCGCGGGCGAGCCGCUGCACGACACCCUGGGCUUCGUCUUCGUGGAGGACAUCUACGGCUCCGGCCCCGAGGAGCUGCGGCGGCGGUACCCGCCCGCCUGCGUCCGCGGGCGGAAGCACUCGUGGUGGUUCCUCAGCCAGACCAAGUUCCAGUCCUCCAAGCAACCCCCUUCCGGUGUCCGGCGCCGCGCCGACCGCCGCGUGGCCACGGGCGGGUACUGGCGCCUGGAGCAGAGCCGCAAGGAGAUCCCCGUGGCCGGCGGCGUCAAGAACUGCUUCGGCUUCUACCUCGGGCCCCCCGGCGGCGGCAAGCGGAACAAGACGCCGUGGCUCGUCGAGGAGUUCACCAGCGCGCUCGAUGAUGGCACGGGGAAGGGUGGCGUGCCGGCGCUCUACCGCCUCUACGUCACCCCGCGGGCGUCCAACGAUGAUGUCAGGGGCAUCUUUGGGGAGGACGGCAUCGAGUGCGUCCGCGGGGUGAAGAGGCCCAUGCGGGUCGUCGUCCCGGCCCACUUGUUCGACGCCGUCGCCGGCCUGCUUCCGCCCGGGAGGGUCCGCUAUCGUGCCCCGGCCCAGCAACAUCCUCCACCGCCUCCGCCUCCGCCGCCGGCGGCUCUUCUGGAUUACGAGCAGCAGGGGCAGUUCUUCUCGGGGGCCGGCGUUCUUCCUGGUCAGUACGACUACGAGCAGCAGUUCUGGGGGGUGGCGCCGCCGUCAGAGGGGGUUCUUCUUGGCCAGUACGACCAGCAGUUCUGGGGGUUUCGGCCGCCGCCGCCGCCGCCGCCUGCAUCCCCGGACCUGUUCCAUGAGGUGCCGGCGGGCGAUCAUGGUCUCUACGGCGAGCAGUUCUUCUCGGAGAACGCGCCGCCGCCGCCGCCGCCUCCGCCUACAUCGCCGGGCCCAUUCCAUGAGAUUCCGGCGGGCGGUCUUGAGCAGCAUGACGACCAGAUGUUCUCGGGGACCGCGCCGCCGCCUCCUCCUCCGCCGGAAUCGCCGGGCCUGUACCUCGAGAUCUCGGGGGACAACAUGAGCGUGACCAUGGACGAACUCUUACAGCUGAUCGACGAGAAGCCCGCGGAAGAAGCAGAGAAGCCGGCGGAGGAGGCAGAGGCGGAUCAGGAGUGGGACUCUUUUGUGACCAUUGUUGAUGAUUUCGAGAGAUUCUCCCAGAAUGAUUGAUUUACUAGCAUGACACCUUAUUUCUGACCCAUACUUGGACUGAGAUCGAGGAUUCGGGAUCGCCCUGCUUGAGAUGAAUCUCUGAAUGACUUUUAAUUGUUCUUACAUGUAGUAGUAGCCAACUAGCCGUUGGAUGGUUCUUUAGUUUGUUGCAGUUAGCUUAAUUGUUAGUUACACUGCUAUAUUGUGGAUUAGUUGUCC